AUGAAUAUAAAUUCUUUUGAAAUAUUUUUAGAAGAGUUUAAAUUUAAUAUCAAGAGGCACAAUUACUCGCUUACUCGAUAGUAAAUAGAAAAACUAGCAAAAAAGAAAUGGAUGGCAUUGGAAGACUCUCAAAAAUUUAGAUUUAUGGUUAUGACACACACUGACUAGGUUUAUCAAUAAAUAAAUGAAUUCUAAAUAAAUGAUUAUAAUUUCAAAAAUGAAUUUUCUGAAUAAGCUAUAUUGUUAAAACGAAUUCUUUAAUCNGAUGGAUAAAUCUAAUUAUAUAGGACAUACAAUAAAAGUUCAUUGCCUUUAUCUAUUAUGGGAGCUAAGGAAUGCUUUGGAGAAGAUGAAAUACUCACUCAAUUUAGAUCUCAUUCUGCUAAAUCCUUAAGUGGUGUUAAACUGUAUAGAAUAUUAAAAAAUAAAUACUUGGACCAUAUCCCUUAGGAUUACUCUAGUAAAUAUUUCAAAAAGGAUUCUCAUCAUAAACUCAGUAUUUAUUAGAAUGAAGACUAAUUUCGAAUUUAUAGGUCAGAAUCACUAAAGAAUAUUAAUUCCCCUGCCAAAGUCAUGCAAAGAAUUCUGACUAGAAAUAAGGAAAAGAAUAAGACCUAUUAAUCUAUUUCGUUUCAGAAAAUAAAUGAAUUAAUGAAGAAGGAUUUUAGACAAUCCAAUACAUCUACUGUACUACAAAAGUCUAAUAGUAUGCAUGAACAUACUCGAAUUCAUGCUACUGGAAAAUUUGAUAAGACAAAUUAUUUACUUAGUCAUAUCAGAAUGAGAUCAACAAGUUUAUGGAAAAAGACAAAGUGA